AUGGCCCAACAUCAGUACCAGCAGCAACAACAGCAAUAUCAAUACCAGCAGCAACAGUCUCACUACAGUAGCACGCAGAUAUCGCAGUAUCAGACCUCCACGGUGGAUUAUGCCCAUCAGCACAGUCCACCAGCCGUAGUGACAGCUAGUUACGGCUACGUUGUGAAACCGUAUUACGGCCAAUUUUCCGAUCCUCCGCCCGGUCAGGGGGGUGGUUUUGGAUAUAGAACACGCACCAAUCGUUAUCAAUAUCUAGAUGCAAAAUACACACAGUUGAACCGCCAAAAUAAUUGGCAAAUGACAGCCAGUGUAUUCAGCACAACGGCCAAAAUCGUUAUCAGUGGAAUUCCACAACACGCCAAGUUCGACGAUAUCGAACCGUUGUUGAAGCCGUACGGAAAAGUUGAACACUGCGAGGCGGGCACCAGCAAAGACCCCAACACGCAGACCGUCCAUAUCACCUUCGAGAACCACGACCAGGCGCAACGAGCGGUGUCCGGGUUGAACGGUGUCGACUUUGAGUGCUCGAAGCUGCAGGUGGAGCUGUCCGAGGCGAACAAACAGGCCCGUCGGACACAGCGCAACCGAUCGCAGUACGGUGCAGGCAUGCCGGGUGGAGGUGGUCCCGGUCGGCAGACCGACUUCCCGCUCCGGGUGUUGGUCCAGAGUGAGAUGGUCGGGGCGAUCAUUGGCCGGCAGGGCAGUACGAUCCGGCACAUCACGCAGCAGAGUCGGGCGCGGGUCGACGUCCACCGGAAGGAUAACGUCGGAUCGGUGGAGAAGGCGAUCACGAUCUACGGUAACCCUGAGAACUGUACGAUGGCGUGCAAAAAGAUCCUCGAAGUGAUGCAGCAGGAAGCGAACAGCACGAACAAGGGCGAGAUUUGUCUGAAGAUCCUGGCCCACAACAACCUGAUUGGGCGCAUCAUCGGCAAGAGUGGCAACACGAUCAAGCGGAUAAUGCAAGACACGGACACGAAGAUCACGGUCAGUUCGAUCAACGACAUUAGCAGCUUCAACCUGGAGCGUAUUAUUACCGUGAAGGGCUCGAUCGAGAACAUGUCGAAGGGCGAGAGCCAGAUCAGCGCCAAGCUGCGCCAGAGCUACGAGAACGACCUGCAGGCUCUAGCCCCGCAGAGCAUCAUGUUCCCGGGUCUGCACCCGAUGGCGAUGAUGUCGACAGCCGGCAAUGGCAUGGGCUUCACAGGACGCACUGGCGGUGCGACUGCAAGCGGUAGCAGCGGUGCUGGCAUGUAUCCGGGCUCGAACUUCCCGAUGUACCAACCUCCUGCCGGAGGACCCGCGGGUGUGCCGCCAGGUUCCAGUGAGGUGCAGGAGACAACCUUCCUCUACAUCCCGAACAAUGCUGUCGGAGCCAUCAUCGGUACCAAGGGGCUGCACAUCCGCAACAUCAUCCGGUUCUCGGGUGCCUCCGUGAAGAUUGCACCGCUCGAAGCGGACAAACCGCAGGAGUUGCAGACCGAGCGAAAAGUUACCAUUAUUGGCACACCGGAGGCCCAGUGGAAGGCGCAGUAUUUGAUCUUCGAGAAGAUGCGCGAGGAAGGCUUCGUGUCUGGCACCGAUGAUGUCAGGCUGACGGUGGAGAUCUUUGUACCAAGUGCACAGGUGGGAAGAAUCAUCGGUAAGGGUGGUCAGAACGUGCGGGAACUGCAACGUGUAACCGGAAGUAUAAUCAAGCUGCCAGAACACACCGCCAGCACACCCGUCGACGAGGAGACGACAGUGCAUAUCAUCGGACCAUUCUUCAGUGUACAGUCGGCACAGCGGCGUAUUCGUACGAUGAUGCUGGCCACGAAUCCGCCACCGGUCACCAAGCGGCAAUCGACGCAGAAAGCGAAGGAACAGACGACGGGAACGGUGGCACAGGCCACCGGAGCCACUCCCGUCACUCCCACGACCGUCGUGGCCGCCUCUACGACGCCGCCCCAGCAACAGUCGUCUAGUACAAAUGCGUAA